AUGGCGGCCCCCUUGGAGCUCAGUUGCUGGGGAGGUGGCUGGGGGCUCCCAUCGGUGCACAGCGAGUCCCUGGUGGUGAUGGUGAGGCCGCCUCGCGGACCAGGGCGCAGGAAAGAUGGGCGGGGCCAGAGCGCGAGGCUGGCUGGGCCUGGUCUCCGCUGCUCGCCGCGGUUCCUUGCGGCGCUGCAGGGCCGAGACCGGCCGGGGAGCUUCUCGCUGUACCACAUUGGGUUCCCUUCCGUGGAGUCAAAAGCCUGGCUUGUGACCCCGCCGAGGCCUUGGCGGGAGAGUCAAGGCUUCUCCGCCUGCCUGCGAGCCCACUCAGCCUUGCAAAGCUUUCUGGGCGGCUUACGCCAAUUUUCUGGUGCACCCUUGAAAGUCAAUGUCAUAGAUAACACCUGGAGAGGUUCAAGAGGAGAUGUACCAAUUUUGACAACUGAAGACAACAUUGUUUCUCAGCCUGCGAAAAUACUAAACUUUUUGAGAAAACAGAAAUAUAAUGCUGAUUAUGAACUCUCAGCAAAACAGGGGGCAGAUACACUGGCUUACAUUGCUCUCCUUGAAGAGAAGCUUCUUCCUGCAGUGCUUCACACAUUCUGGGUUGAGAGUGACAAUUACUUUGCUGUGACAAAGCCAUGGUUUGCUUCACGAAUUCCUUUUCCCUUGAGUUUGAUCCUGCCUGGAAGGAUGUCUAAGGGAGCACUGAAUAGAAUUCUCCUGACUAAAGGAGAGCCUCCCCUUUACCACCUCCGAGAAGUGGAAGCUCAGAUAUACAGAGAUGCCAAGGAGUGCCUAAAUCUUCUGUCAAACAGAUUGGGAACAUCUCAGUUUUUCUUUGGAGAUACGCCAUCUACCUUGGAUGCCUACGUGUUUGGUUUUCUUGCACCUCUUUAUAAAAUACGCUUUCCUAAAGUUCAAUUACAAGAACAUUUGAAACAGCUCUCCAACCUGUGCCGCUUUUGUGAUGACAUCCUAAAUAGUUAUUUUAAGCUUAGUCUUGGAGGCACCUCUCCUGCUGGUCAAGAAACAGUAGACGCAAAUCUGCAGAAACUCACACAACUUGUAAAUAAGGAAUACUUGAUUGAAAAGAUGGAUGACAAUCUUCGCCAAAGCCCUCAACUUCCUCCUCGGAAACUGCCAACACUCAAAUUGACUCCAGCAGAAGAUGAAAAUAAUUCCUUACAACGACUAUCACCCUGACAGUCAUCAUGCUUUGUGUCCACAGUCAUGAUUAUUGCAGUAAUCUCUUACACUAAGUGUGAAGGCAAAAAGAAAAUGCCAUUAGUAGGUAUAAGGGAGACUCUAAAAAGAAACUUUCUAUGACAUCUCUUUUUUCUUAAUUAGGAAGCUUGUAUUUUGACCUGGCAGUGCACUUUAGAUAACAUCAAAGUGAAUGCUAAAUGAACUUGGGGAACAAAGAAAACAUAUUGUACUGUAUAUUAAAAAAAAACCAAAAACCUGCCUUAAUCUUGGCAGAUUUUUGCCUUUAUUUCAUAUGUUGCUGACCAAAAGCUAGAAUUCUGUUCUGAAUGUGCACUCUUAUUUAUUCAAGUUAUUUUAUUAAUUUUGUUUUCUUAGAACAGUUUGAAUAUCUAAUAUGUGGCUCUUUGAGGCUUUUUUCUUCUGUUUAGAAAUUUGAUGACUUUAAACAUUAGGAAAAAUGUAAUAUUCUAAUAUUCUAUUCACUUCAACAGAAAAGUCUAUUUAAAAAACAAAGAGGAAUGUGCUUUUUAAUUAUGCUCUCAGAAGUGUAAUCUUUUGGGAGGAUUAGUACCAUAUAUAUGUAUAUAUAUAAAUAUCAAAGGUGGUUACAUAUAAUAUUCAUCUGACUAUAUGCACUUGUGGUAUUUGCUGAUGUGUUCAAUUUAAGGUUGGCAAGGACGCUUUUAGUUUAUUGGGCAAAUGUGGCAGCUUUAGACCUGUGUAUUUGUAGUACAUUUUUAACUUUAGUAAUCUCUUUCUUGGAUUGAUUUCAGGAGAACUGAGUAUGUUGGUCAUCGUUAUUACGCCAGGCUGUAAAGUCUUACUGGAAUUUGCCCAGUUGUUAGACCUUCCUCAGCCAGAGUAAUAGAAGUACCUACUGUGUGCCUGGUCCAAGUUCACCAGGCUUGGUUCAGACCAGUGUUCUUUCAGAAGAAGCCUAUCAUGUAGUCAAAAGCGUUAUGGCAACUUACUAUUUUCCAUAUAGUUAAACUACAACAGUUGAAUGAUCCAGUGGAAUAUGCGGAGAUAACAAUAGUUUUUAAAGAACAUUUUCUACUUAUUGGUUACUGAACUGUUGAAGGAUUUGUUGUGCAGGUGGUUUUGCUUAGAAUAGAAUCUUGCAUACUUUAGUGGCUGAGGUGCUCCUGUUGUCCUAAAACCACUUCUGGGUUUUUUUUAAUUAUGGGCUCAUGUUUUUGAUUAGUGUCUUAAAAGAUUACUAUGGUGCUCAGCAAAUCUUAUCACAUCCUGCAGAAACUCCCGUGUUAAGAAAACAGUUUUGUAGUCAAGAGACUCCCCUAAUUUGAGCUGAAUGGAGCUCAGCUGUAUUUGACCCGCAUCCUCCCAGUUUGUUCAUGUAUUAGGUAUUAUACAGGAGUCUUUAAGUCACUGUAAAUAUUUUUUCUUGAAAGUUUUAAUUAAAUGAGAAACAAGGUAAUCUUCAAAAUCUUGUUCAUCUGUUUGGAUGCAUUUAGGGAAAGUAAUGAGUUUCACAUUACUUAUACAACAGGUUUGUGUGUUUUGUAUUAAUUUUCCAUUAGACUCCAGCAUCCAAAACCUGUAUGAAUAUUCUAUGUUGAAAAUCAUUACCAUAGGACUUUAUUGUCCCCUGGGGUCCAUGUAUAUUGGAGAAGGGUGGUUAACACAUUAAUCAGACAUCUGGUUAUGCUGUAGUUAGAGUUGAUCAUUUUCAAUCAUGAUUUAUAUUAAACCUUCUAAGAAGCAUUUGAAGUGGCUUAAAAUUGUCAAAUACAUAAAACAGGACAAUUAAAAUUAGUUUUUGGAAAACUAAAAAAUGGGGGAGAGAGAGCUAUACCAACCCUAACAGAUUCUAAAAUCAAGUGGUAAAUUUAACUCCCAAAUUUCUCCAUGGUCACAGUCCAAAGUAAUACUGGGUUAUGUAACAGUUUUCUGUCAGUAAAACUACUAAUGCCCAUGGUAAGAAGUGUGUUCAAAUUUUUAUAAGAAUGUGAGAUCAUGUUCUUUUGACACAGAAUUCAGCCAGUAAUCAUACUGUAAUAUUUCAUGUGUUGAAAGUUUAAUGAAAAGACAUCAUUUUAGAAUGACAAGGAUUUGUCAUAUUUUAGUAGAAAAGACAACUGUAAAUAUGAUUUAUUUCUUUUUGGUCAUUCCUGCUUUGACUUGCCUUUAGCCUUGCAGUAGGUAGGGUCUGAUGUUUCCAGACUACCUUUCCUAAGAUGCAAAAUGUGAUUUACAUAAGUGAGAAUUUAUAUAUGGGGCUACUUAGUUGAGCAUUUUGGGGACUGGCCAACAAGAUGCUUGGAAGCUAUAACUGAGUAUAACCUGCUCCAGGGAGCAGCCACACAUAUAGGAAGCUCUUAGAAAGGAACAGCUUUCCAGAUUGGGAAGAGAAUUUGCGAUCAGCCUGGCAGGAUGUGCUUUGGAUAAAGUUUGAGUUUGCUGAGAUGGAUGGCCCACAGUCUUAAACAAAAUACUGUGAGCUCUUUUGGAUGUGAUGGUGGAAUAUGAUAAAAGGGACUAUGUGUUUAUGUUUGGUGCUAGUAUAGGAUUAGAAAAUUCAUCAGAUAAUUCCCAUAAGAUAACGAUCCCUCAUCAACACAUUGUCAUCAGUCAUCCAUAAGACCCACCACUUCUUAUAACAGUAAAUACCCUGUAGAGAGCAUUGAGGAUGGUCAUUCCUUCACAAUGGUUUUUUCCCUUACAAAGGUUGGCAUUGACAAAUUCCAGCUUAGGUAUGUUUGCAUUAUUUUGGGGAUACUAGAGAGUUCAAGAUUCUUACAAUAAAUCCAAGCAUGUUGAUUUCUAUUUGUAACUUCUAUUCAUUUAAUGUUGCCAGAUAUAUUAACAUGAAGGAAUAAGGGAGCUUAUUUCAAUAACAGCUAAGUUAAAGUUUUCAGAAGCUGCAAAAGUGGGAAACCAUUGGACAUCAAAAGAGGCAGAGAUUGGUAACAGUGACAGAAUCUCAGAAAAACAAUUUUUAAGGUACCUUCAUGUGAUAAAAGUGGUAUUUGAAGUCAGCAGUAUGUUUUCAUAGAGCCUCUUCCAAGAAUAUGUGUUCAUCAGGCCUAUUAGGUUUUUUGACAGUUGUUCAUGUUGUCAAAAGUGUUAACCCUUUAAAAGCCAAAAUAUAAAUAAAGGUAAGAAGCUGAGUGAUGAAUACACAGAGUCUGUAGUAUUUUUGCAACUUCUUGUGAGUCUAUAAUUUCAAAAUAAAAGAGUUUUAAAAGUAAGUAAAUGUAUCAUUAUCUAAACUACAAUUUAAAUUUAAUGAUCCAAACACAGUAUUUACUAUUCAGUUUCUGACAAAUACAUAAUGUAAAUUAAAUAUAAUUUACUUCCUUCUUAAUUUUAAAGAAAAAAACAACUCAGCUUUGUAAUGAAUGGUUAUCUAAAGAUCUGUUUUGCCUCACCAGAAAAGAAAAAACAAUAACCUAAAACUAAGAAUUCCUUUUCCCUAUAAAAUAUGCUCUGGUUUUUAUAUUUGUAAUAGUGUCAUUUUCUUCCUAUGGUACCUGGGUUUACUUCCAAGGAUAAAUACGUUCAAAACAGUCCUUCUGUGUCUUCAUGUGGUAGUCCUUUGCUUUGCUGUGUUAUCUCUAAUUACACGGUGUGACGAGACGACAUGAGGACCAGGCUUUAAUGAAGCAAGUGCAGUCUGUGUUUUUUGUCCUAAGCUCAUAGGGAUUUAGUAAUUGACUUUGUCUUGGUUUGGUUAUUUAUAUAAUUGGAAUCCUGAGCAGAGCCACUGAGUAUAAUCUGGGUUGUGAUUGUCGUCUUUUGUGUAUAUUGUUGGCAUUGAGAAUUAGCUUUUGCCUUUUUUUCUUGUUCAGCCCUGUGGAAUAUACAUGUGCUUUUCGGUGUUUUCACUUUUCUUAAAUAGAUUGUGAAGAAAUUCGUUGUUCAUUACAUGAACUAAAGGUUUGUAAUCCUUU